CAAAGGAGCAAGAUGUCUUGCAGGAAUCCAAGUCUUGCCUUGUUGAUGCUAGUGGGGUUCUUGGCAUUAUUGGAUAGCAGAUGUCAAGCUCAGCGGGACUGCCAAGUGAGCAACUUCACAGUACAGGAAAACUUUGAUAAAUAUCGAUAUGCUGGCACCUGGUAUGCCAUAGCCAAGAAAGACCCUAAAGGACUGUUUCUUCAGGAUAAUGUGGUGGCCAACUUUUUUGUGGAUGAGAAUGAUAAAAUGACUGCCACUGCCAGAGGCCGAGUUGAGCUCUUCCGUAGUUGGAAUAUGUGUGCUGAUAUGAUUGGCACCUUCACCGAGACAGAGAACCCUGCCAAGUUUAAAAUGAAAUAUUGGGGUGUGGCCUCAUAUCUCCAGAAAGGAAAUGAUGAUCACUGGGUUAUGGCCACGGAUUACGAUACAUAUGCUCUACACUACUCCUGCCGUAAUAUUACUGAAGAUGGAACUUGUGAUGAUAGCUACUCGUUUUUGUUUUCCCGGACUCCAGAUGGGCUAGCACCUGAAGCACAAAAAAUGGUCAGGCAAAAGCAGGUGGAACUCUGCCUAGACAAGCAAUACAGGCGUAUUGUACAUGAUGGAUUCUGCGACUAA